AAAAUGGCGGCAGGGAGUGGGAGCAGCCCCACCGAGUGACUCGACGAAUCGAGAGCCGCUCAUUUUCAAGGGCGUUGAUUAAUCCACUCAACCCUCAUCGCUUCCUCUCUCAAAAAUUCUCUCUAAUCUCUGCUCACUGAUCACCUUCACCGUUUCUCUCUCAAUCUGAAUCAUGGGUUUUGGGAGGAAGAUCAGGAUCGGAGGCGAUGGUUUUUCAGGAAUCAACCGUUUUUUCUCGAGGCUCAGUCGCCGCAGAUAUGAUUCUGAGGUCUCCGCUGCUCUUCCAGCCCCACCAUUACUUAUUCUGAAGCAGGACCAAAAUGGACCUGGAGUUGCUGGCAUUAAAUCCCUAAGAGUGCUUGCACUACUUGGGGCAGGUGUUUCAGGCCUUUUGAGCUUUGCAACAAUAGCUUCUUCAGAUGAGGCUGAACAUGGCCUGGCAUGUCCAAACUAUCCAUGGCCUCACAGCGGCAUUCUCAGUUCAUAUGACCAUGCUUCGAUUCGGCGGGGUCACCAGGUUUACCAGCAAGUUUGUGCUUCUUGCCAUUCAAUGUCUUUAAUUUCAUUUCGUGAUCUUGUGGGUGUGGCAUACACUGAAGAAGAGACGAAGGCUAUGGCAGCUGAGAUUGAAGUGGAUGAUGGGCCUAAUGAUGAAGGUGAGAUGUUUACUCGCCCUGGAAAGCUAAGUGAUCGUUUUCCUCAGCCUUAUGCAAAUGAACAAGCAGCUAGAUUUGCUAAUGGAGGAGCAUAUCCUCCAGAUCUAAGUCUCAUCACCAAGGCCCGCCACAAUGGUCAGAAUUAUGUAUUUGCUCUUUUAACUGGUUACCGUGAUCCUCCAGCUGGUGUUUCAAUUCGAGACGGGCUGCACUAUAAUCCUUAUUUCCCUGGUGGGGCAAUAGCUAUGCCCAAAAUGCUCAUCGAUGGUGCUGUUGAGUAUGAAGAUGGUACCCCUGCCACAGAAGCACAAAUGGGGAAAGAUGUUGUCACAUUUUUAUCAUGGGCUGCAGAGCCAGAAAUGGAAGAGAGAAAACUGAUGGGAUUUAAAUGGAUAUUUGUGUUGUCACUUGCACUUCUCCAAGCAGCUUACUACCGACGCCUAAAAUGGUCAAUCUUCAAGUCCCGUAAGCUGAUUGUCGAUGUUGUCAACUGAUCUCCUGUCUAUUUUGUUUAAUUUAUGUAUGUAUUUGAGAGAAUUGGAAUUUGUAAUAAUGACUCUAGUAGAUGAUCUAGGUUUUUAUUUUUCAUUCAAGUUAAAAUGAUCUAGACAGUGAAUGGCUAUGGAAAUUAGUUUCUGCUGCAA